AUGGUGCGAUCGGUCGGAUCGUCGAUUGGCAAGCUGGUAGCGAACGAUCGCGUGGUGACGCGCACCAUUGCCGAGAAAACAUCCGGACGUAGAAGGCAUCAAAAGUUUGUCAUCGACACGUGGCCAGACGGUGCCAAAGAGAGAUUUACGGCAUCUCCCUGUAAACAGCAGCGGGCGCAGAUUCGGAUUAUUCGUACGCCGCUUUCGAAACCGACGGGCUCCGCCGAUCACGUGAGGAACUUCUGGCAUCAGGACGGGGACAAAACGAUCAACAAUAAGCACACCGUAAAAACCAUUGUCUUUGGUGACGUUCGUGACAUCAGCGGAGAAUUGGGCGGCCACCGAUCACGGCACCGCAGGAGCUGCAUAAGAACCUCGUGGCGACUGAGGUUGGAUUUAGUUGCAUUACGGCAAACACAACCAACGAGAAACCCCAAUUGGGGUUUUUUCGUUGCAGUCUCAAAUCACUUGGCACACCGAAGGAAACUGAGCCACAACCAACGCCCAGGGGUUCUCAACACGCUCGCGGUGGAUCAGCCCAAGCAACACUGGAGUUUUGCGUUUGGGGCAAUCGAAAAAGACCGAUCUGCGGCCACGCAGUCGCGGAACCCCCGGCGGGGAUUGAUUCUCGGUGGACGACCCAGGUGGCACAGGAGCCGCGUGCGCCAGAGGGCGCAUAGCGCCGACACCCAGCAAGAAUGCGUCGUUUUGCGGAGUUGGAUGCGGCAAGAGCAUGAUGGCCGGUGUCGUGAGUACCGUAUAUUAGUUUAAAUCACUAUGUGUACAAUAAUAGAGUAGGAC